CUUAAUCAAAGCGUACACAGCUUAUGAUUUACGAACCAGCAUGAUGUUUAAAAUUAUAGGCUCCCUUCUUCUGUUUGUCCAUCUGCACAAUGGUAAGUCAUUAUAUACUUAUAUUCCAAGAAUUUCUGUAUGUUGAAUGUUACAUAGAGCACUGGGAGAUAACAUCAUUGAUGUAGUUUGCCAAAUUAUAUUACAUGGACAGGUUUUAACUUUUUAAGUGGUUAAACAAAAUGCAUCUUUAAAAGUAACAUGUAUGUGCACACAAGAUUUACUUCUUGAAAGGAAAUUUAGUGCAUUUUUUUUAUCAUUUAGCUUGAUGUAUGAUAACGAAGUAGAAAAAAAUAUUGUGCCCUAAUAUAUAUGAGUUAUGUACUAGAGUGAGAAUUCAAUUAAAUUUCAAAUUCAAGGUAAAAGAAGCCGAACCAGAAAAAUGUUCUAAGGCAGCUAUGCUACCAGAUAGACCACUUUGGCCUUAAACCUGAAAUUUACUUUAAAUUCUCACAAUGGUGAACAACUUUGAUAAGAUUUUAGAGCAUCCUUCUUCUAAAUUAGAGUUGUCAAAUUGUGGCGGUCAUAUCCUUGUUGUACUAAAACCCCUACAAUGCUCUGCAAGUAAUUGGUUAUCAGAGGAAUUUAGAGUUGUGGUCUAAGUGUGGUUCAGUUUGACAACCCUGCUCUAAAUAAUUCAGACCACUCUUCAACAGAUGGCCAUGUUAUUACUGUGUCUAAUGUGUAAUUGUAGAUUUAAAUAUUUGGGAUCUACACAUAACCAUAGUAGCCACUAAAUAAAUGUAUAUAGCGCCUGAAAAUUUAAAUAGAAUGUAAUGUGGUCUAUUCCACCCAAAAAAGGACUAUUUGAUUGUGAAUGAUCCAUGCAUGUUUGAAAUUUGUUUCACAAAAUGUUGUUGUUUUUUAUAAAUUUAAUUCUAAUUAUUUUAAGCCAUGUGAAAUCACAGAGUUGGGCCAUAUGAAUUCCCCCAUUAAUUUUGAACAUUUAAAUAUUAACAAGAGGUUUAGAUUUCUACACUUAAAUCAUCACAAGCUGUAGACAUUUUUUUUAUGGAAUUGCAUACAACCUGAAAUGUUGUUCUAUGCCUAUGUAUGUCGGUGUUUGACUGAGUAUGAUGGGAGUUACAUUCUAUUGCAGCUUGAGUGAUGAAAAACAUGCAAUCUACGUAAUACAUACAAAAAUGUGAUAUACAAUUUUUGAAAUUAUGAACAAAUAUCUAAGAUUCUAAAUCAAUGCCAUCUCUGGAAUUAUAAUAUCUCCUACACCUCGCUACAACAGUAUUUUCCAACAAUACAUGGUCUAUUAUGCAUGUACAUACACGUCCUUUCUAUAUUACUUUUUGUUUUUGUUUUGUUUUUAAAUUAGACUUUAUACCCCAUAAAACCCAACAGAGGCUGUUAAAUUGUUAGUUCUGGUGUUUUCUUUGUUUAUUUUAAUUUUAUAAUUCUUUAUUUUUGUAGUGCAUACGUUUAGUACAGUUGCACAUAGGGUACCCCAAAGGCAAUCCACCAGUGCAUUGUCAACGUUUAAACAAAGAGGUACAUGUGUAGUCUAGCACAUUUUUAUAACAUUAAAGUAUAUUAUGAACAUUAACGAUUUUCGAUGUUUAGGCAUAUACAUAACAUAGCGUGACCUCGCUUCACUUCUAAUCAUGAAAUUAAGAUGCUGUGACAAGAGCUAUGUUAAAGUUAAGUAAAUAACCACUGGGGUUUGCGGUGUACAAGAGUAACUUCACUUGAGUAUGUGAAAAUAUGGCAGGGGGCCUUAUUCUUCAUGGGGUACAGCAAGGAUUAGCCGAUCACCGUCUGGGCGUAUAAUUAUUGUAGUGGCUAGGUGUGCUCUAGACGAAGAUAAAGAAAGAAAUGAAAAAUAAAUGAAAAGUCAGUGUGAACCCCUUCAGGCCUGUGCUAGCGUGGCCAUGGUGUGAUCUGGUCACAUAGAGCGCCACCCUGAAUUGCUGGGCUUGGCUCUCGUAGGGUUGUGCAGAGAAUGGUUCAGCCAAUGCCUAGUGUUGGGAAGUCCCGGUCAGUGCCAAUAUGAGUCCAUGCUUUGGGGUCUCCGGGUGUGAUGUCUCCAUACCGGGAGUCAGCUCCAGUGGUGCCUUGAGGGGGGAGCAGUCGCUCCAACCUUUGUUUUGUGGCGUCGCCCGCAGGAAUCCGGAUCAUGCUGCACUGCAUAGUAUUGGUCGGGUCUGGAGGGUUCCCUGCGUGUGCCUUUUGUGGCAUGGUCGCGGGUUUAUGUGGUGGAGAGCAGUGGAGUGUUCUUGCGAGGCCCAGCGCCCCUUCCCGCCUUGGAGACCGCCGGUACCUGCAUUGCCUGAUGGUCGCUUUGGAGGCUCUGGGUGGGCGCCUGUACUGGCUGCGUCGCGCUGCUGGUCGGAUCCAUGCGGCAACCAUUAGUUCUGCUUGGCGGUAGGUAGCCCCUCGGCUGUGCAGCGCCUCCCAGAAUGUGUUGCAUAGCCAGUCGAAAGUCCCUUUUGGCGGUGUGGGUGGCUCAUUAUGUGCUCCCCUCUCAUGGUGUCUGCACUGGGCCGCCAUAUUGGUAUCUUGGUGGCCUGUUGCCCUUGCAUAGCGUGAGGUGAACUCUUCCGUUUUUCGUUGCUUCCAGUGGGGACCGGGAUAUCCCCCGCCGGUCCAUAGGGGGGGGGGGGAAGCUGUAUGAGCGUUGCUCGGGGCACCCGGUGCGGAGGGGAGCGGCCGCCUCCCCCCGGCUCCAGCCCCAGUAGGCCUUAGGCCGAUCUCCGCUUUCCCGGCUCUGACAGGUCCCGGGGUUGUAGCCAUCGAUUCAGCGGUGCACCCCCGACGUGUGUGGUGCACCUUCAAAGGACCUUGGGCCAUAUAGCCUCCGCUUUUCCCCGUUUGCGGCCCGUUUGUCGGGAGCUCGUGGCAGGCACGUCUGCACGGCUCAGUGUCCAGGCUCCGCCCCUUUGUUUAUUAACAGGAUAUAAUAGUAUAUAAAAUAACAUACAUAGCUCCUUCAAACAUAUUACACUUGUUUAACAAACUAGUCUCAUACAUGUACAGCUUAAAUGAAUAGAUACAUACUAAUCUCACAAACCCUUCACACACACGUACAAUGAAAUACAGGCCUCCCAACUGUCCCACUUUUGUGGGGACAGUCCUGAUUUCUGGAUCCUGUCCUGCUUCAGUUCCUUGGUGCGUCUAUUCCGAUGCCUUACCUCCCAUUGUUGGACGGUAUGACUGUGCCUGGAUUAAGAUGUUGAUUCCUAAAUCCUUAACACAAGAUAAUCAUAUAUAGGGAAAACAGCACAUUACAUCACAGAAAAGCUUGAAGUUGAUAUUCAAUGUUUUAUUUAAUGAUUUAAUUUUCCAAGAAGUGACAGUUUCUCUUUAAAUGCACCAUGCACACUCACACUCAACAAACUCAUCUCACACAUUCUCAGAUCACACUAAUAAUCAUACCACUCACAAUAAAACACCAUUCUCACACAAGCUACUAGCUCGCUGUGACACAUAUUCUUCACAAACAAUUUACAGAAAACCAUCGAAUAGUUCUGACUUCAGACUCCUGUCCCACCACCCUAAAGAUUGUCCUCUGAUGUCCACCUCUAGACGGAGUUGGCCAGCGCAAUGACCAGUCAGCCUAGUGUGAAUGCCCCUUCUUCAGUUAGGACCGGCCCCCGUGUCACCAGAAAUGCAAGUAGCAACAAUGUCCUAUAAGCAUUAUUUCUCCCAGAGUCAGGAGAUUUUGCUUAGAGUACUCACACACUUUCAGUACAUACUCCAGUCUCAGAGUAAACGCACUCUGUUAUUCAUAUAUAUUUAACAUGGCCACACCAUUACUAACACAAAGGAAAACUCCCACCACCUGCAGUCGGAGACAAUAAAUAUGUGAAAUCUCCUUUCCUCAGCAGACCCCCCCCACCCCCUGAAGAGAGCAGCUAAUGGAAGAUCUUGUUCCCUUUGUGGAGCAGCCAAUAGACUGUUCACUCCACAUGCAGAAGAGCCUAUAGAGCUUCCUCCUCCUGAUUCAGUAACGGGAGAUAUCACCACAACAAAUACAAAAGUGGUAAACACAAAAUAAAACACAGAGAUUGAUUAUUAUAUAUAAAGCACCAGCAAAUUCCGUAGCGCUGUACAAUGGGUGGACUAACAGACACGUAUUUGUAAUCAGACAAGUUGGACACACAGGAACAGAGGGAUUGAGGGCCCAGCUCAGUGAGCUUACAUGCUAGAGGGAGUGGGGUAUAGUGACAAAAAGGUAAGGGUAGGGUAGAAAAGCAAGUUUCUAGGAUAAUAUUCACUUAAGUUUGGUGUUCCAUAGGAAUGGUGCAGCCCUAGAGCAGUCUAGGCAUCAGAGGCAGGAGUACGAACAGUUAGACGUAGAUCUUCAGCAAGCAUUGGGGCCUUGAAGGGAUGUAUAUGUGUAUUAGUGAGGAUAGCUAGGUUGGGGCAGCAUUGGGAAGGUCUGGCAUCUUUUGGCCUGGGGGAAGGGCAGUAAUAAUAAACAAAAGUGUCUUUUUUUUAAUGUAUAAAUGUCACAGAUCUUUGUGUGGAUGGUCCUACUCAUGAACCAUGCUCUAUAUGGAGUUGACGGAAUAACCAGCACUCCAUGGUGGAGGAUUCACAGAGUUCUGUGCAUGCCGAUGGGACAGUAAGAUUUUCAUGAGCCCUGUCUCAUGUCACUCUGGGGUCAUCAUACAUUCUCAUAAGUCUGGCCAGCCCCAGAUACUGCAGUCCCAUGGAAGAAUAGUUUGAAACUGCAGUACACAACACACACAUGCUCUUGGCCCAGGGGGCUCCUGUCCCCUUGCGAUCCCUCCCAUGUCAACUUCUGUGUUAAAGAUGUUUGUUUUCCUAUCAAGUUAAACACCGGAAAUGCCCUUACCCUUUCCACACAUAUACUCAAGUCACUCAAUAGCAAAUUUACCUUAAACAAGGGUGUUGUAGUUAGUGCCUGCUUAAUACCCAGCACUAUUGCAGAAUGCCCAAACUUGGUACAACUCAUAAAAAAUAAAAAUAAUAAUAAUAGAAAAUUUAGAAACCACGAGUGUGUUGGAAAAUGUGGAAUGUAGGUGAAGAAUGUACAAAAAAUAUAACAAAUGUGGAAUAUUGGAUAAGACGAAUGACGUUUGUAUUAUCUCUUAGUGGCAUCCGUUCAUCCUCAGUACUGCUUCUAAAAUCUGACAAAUGUAUAGUCUGCCCUAUGUAACAAUCCUUCUCUUCAUUGUGCUUUUCUAUUUGAUAUUGGGCCACUAGUUUAGAGACCCAUUUAUCAUUUACUGGUUUUUGUCACAAAAUGCUGGUUUUACAGAGAAAUUCCUUGGACAACAGUUAUUAUUUAGAAGGAUUUGUUUAGCAUCAAUUUUAUUUGGAGAUACCAUCCUUAGACUUAAAGAUUUGCUAUACAAAAGGAAAUGAAAAUAAGUGCAUACCUGCAAUAUUUCCUUUCCUGUUGUCGAGCUCUGGGUGUUAUGAAGUCAUUUCACAGUAAGUAGGAAGAUUAAAGGCAGGAAUCUCAGGUGUAUUUUGCAUAAGCAGAAGAAAAAUGCAUGAAAAGUAAAAUAUUAUAAGCAACAACACUUUUUAACCCUUUCAUGGUUCUUUACACCCCAGUGUUUAAAUAGAGUGUAUACCUAAGUCAGGUUAACAAAUCUAAUCAGCUAUCAGACCAGGGCAGGCUCAAGACAUAUAGGCCAUUUGCUACCCGGGCCCAAGAAUAAAAUGGUGCCUAAACAGUCCUAUACCUACAUAAUUACUUUCCACUUACAUGAACAUAAUUAGUCACAUAUAUAUAUAUAUAUAUAUAUAUACACACACACAUUCAAUUAUUCAAAAUAACUUGCCAGUCAAGGCUGCUAUCAGGGGGGGUAUAGCCAAUGCUGCUGUAUGCGAUCUAGGCUGACCAGUGGCCCGAUGAGCCUGGACCCCACAUUCCCAAUGUGCACAUAAAUUUAGCAAUUAUUUAUAUAUAUAUAUAUAUAUAUAUAUAUAUAUAUAUAUAUGUGCCCCUGCAGGCCACUAGAUGCAUGUACAGUGAAGAGGGAGCUCAGCAAAUGCCUUCAUUAGCUUCCAUUCCAGCAGCUCCUUUCUCAAACUGUAGCAAGCCCCCGGUCGUCAGAGCACUGCCACGGGAUACCACGUGAGCCCUCCAUGCAGCUGCAGGCCGGGUUUGCGAGAGUUGGAGAGAGGAGCUGCCAAUAGCUGAAGAUGGCAUUUGCUGGGCUCCCUCUUCACAAUGCAUGCAUCUGGAAGCCUGGCAGCAGACACAAUGCCUCCGGACCAUCAGGUAGUGUAAUGUCCCCCUUCCCUGGCCACAGGUAACAGACAAGAAGAGGGGGAUAACAUAAAUUAUAAAUAUAAACAUGAUUCAGAGGGUACAGAACCCUUACAAAUAAUUGUUUUAUUGUCUUUCUCAUUCCAGCACAAUCUCCAAAGAAAAAUAAUUCAAAGGUAAUCAUUGCAUUCCGUCACGGUCAUGCCAACAUGCCAUGCCAACAUACCCCACCUCCACACUCUAAGUUUAACCUAACCUUGCUGAAGGGGGAAGAGAGACAUCCAGUGUGCGUUGCGUACACCAAUGGAAUGGACACCAAACUCUACAACUGGGUCGACCAAGCUCCUUGUUAUAUUCGGAAAACUAAUGAAAGCGCCAUCGCUCUAACUAUUUUCAAUCUUAGUGUUAGCCACACAGAUAGUUACAGUUGCCGUCUUCAGAAUUUUUCUCCUGCUCCCUACUUGGACAUUACUACAAAUGAGACAUAUGUUUAUAUCCAUGGUAAGGAAUAAUCAGCAAUGUUGAUAAAAGCAUGACUCUUAUUGUAUUCCCUGUAAAAAGGGUCAGUAGUGGUGUAUUUUGGAUAUGUGCUUCCCUAGGCAUGUCAAAACUCGGGCACCCCCCAAUCUAAAUUUGCCCUGUCCCUACCUGUUUAAGACAAACACGCAGUUUGACUGACAGACACACUCUGACACACCCAUUCACUGACAGUCACACACUCUCAGAUUCACAUACAGUGACAUAUGUUCACUGACUGACACACACUGGCAAACACACACGUUCACUGACAGACACACACACUCACUAACAGAUACACACUCACUCACAAACAUACGUUGACAGACACACACACUCACUAACAGAUACACACUCAGUCACAAACAUACGCUGACAGACACACACACUCACUAACAGAUACACACUCAGUCACAAAAAUACGCUGACAGACACACACACUCACUCGGAUACACAGUGACAGACAUGCACACAUGCACUGACAGACACACACAUUCACUGACACACACACUAAUUUACUGACAGACAGGGCCGCCAUCAGGGGGUGACAACAAUUACUCUCUGCACAUAUAUAUAGACAAACAGGGGCUAAGAGGCUAACAGGGCAUCUGCCAGGGUGCUUAGGGUGCGGCUUUUUUUGUCGCCACCCCCCCCCCCCAAAGUGCCGUCCAAGGCAAAUGCCUUGUUAGCCUCGUGGGAAAUACACCACUCAGUGUCAGGUUGCUCUUAUGCUUGGUUGAGAAACAGACACAUUGAUUUACUAAUUGUUUUAGAAACUGGUGUAGUUGUAAAAAUCAUUUCUGCCCAUAUCUCAGCAAUAACAUCUGUCAUGUUCAUUAGUUCGUCUUGCAGUUGGCCUGACUUUGGCGUAAGUAUUACAAACCUGCGUAACAGAUGUGAUAUGUUGCGUAAAGUUCACUCUCCCCACUCGUACCACCAGGGAAUAAGAAAUGUCCCCCCUCCUCCUCAAUAAAGGUAAGAAGGGAGGGGGGACAUAGAAUAUUUAUUUUAAUUACAUUUAAAAAAAAUACAUAUAUUAUAAAGAAAGCCCCCCUACCCUUAUCACACACACACACACACACACACUACACACAUACACUGCCCCCAUACACAUUUACCCCCAUACACAUACUGCCCCAUACACACACACUGCCCCAAUACACACACAUUGCCCCCCAUACAUACACACACUGCCCCCCAUACACACACACUCUACACACAUACACUACCCCCAUACACACACAUUGCCCACACUCACACGUACACUGCAAUACUCACACACACAUACUGCAACUGUUACACACACAUUCUGUCCCACACAUACACUGCAUCCCUGACAUACACUGCCGCCCUCACUCACACACUACAACCUUCACACACACACACUGCUCACACACUGUCCCCCUCACACACACACACACACACACACUGCACCCCUUACACAUUGCACCACUCACACACACCACUGCUCCUAUGCCCUACUACAGCCCAAUUUCCCAGCAGACCUCAGGUAAGUUGUCAAACUGUUCUUAAACGGUUUGACUACUUACUCUGGGAGGGGGUCCCGGCACUAUUGACACUAUAACCACAACACUGAGCUGUAGUGGUUAUUGUGUCUGGAUUAUUUCUUUAAAUAAUCUACAAGUGCCCUCCCGAGAUCAGGCUCUAGAUCCGCCACUGCUCCCACAGCGACAUAUAUUUAGCAGCUCAUCUCUCCCUCGCUCGCUCUCUGUCUCUCUUCCCCUCAUGAAAAUAUUCCUCCCGGCUUCAUUAUUCUAUCUCAGCUACAUCCCUUCUUUCCCUACCCCAAAAGGGUGGUGUGGAGCAGUGUUCAUUUUGUUGACUUACAAACUUAGUCAAAUUUGAGUUGACUAAAAUUAGACUAAUACUAAAACAAUUCAGAUAACUAAAAUACGGCUAAAACUAAAAUGGCUUUUUAGUCAAAAGACUAUGACUAAAACUAAAUAGAAAUUUGCCGCGAAAAUGAACACUGCACAGAGGGGCUGUAGAAGGUACAAAUGAGACAGACCAGGGCUUGGGAGAUAGACACCUAGAGGGGCUGGGAGGACUCAAAGAGACACAGAGGGUCUGGGGAUGGGGCACAAGAGACAGAUAGAGACUUUAACUAAACCCAUUUUUAGUCGUGUUGACUAAAAUCUACUGGGGAUUUAGUCAGGGCUUGUGUAAGGAUUUCUGCCGCCCGUCCUAGACAAAGAUCCAUUUUGCUGACCCCUCAUGAAAGCAAAUACAAUCUCACAGAGGUUUAUUCACUAAAACUCUGAAUUGCAGUGAGUUGAAAACCAAAUUGCAAAAGUUAAGCAAAAACAGCUGAGUUGUGACUGUAGCCGAAUUGGUGAAUUCUUCAAGAUCAGCUAUUUUGGCCUAGAUUUUGCCGUAUGGUUUUCAGUUAGGUCUGACUAAUGCACACAUACUGCUUAAUGUGUACAUCCAUACACACAUACUGCUUAAUGCGUACAUCCAGGCUCGGACUGGCCAUCGGGCACAUCGGGCAAAUGCCCGGUGGGCCGCGGUGGCCGUGGGGCCGAGGCCGGCAGGGGAGGUCUCAGGAUCUCCCCUGCCGGUCUAUGCAGGGCCGGCACUCUCCUAGCGCCGGCCCCGCUGUUUGCCAAGACGGGCCGGUGGGGAGAUCAAAGAGAGGACCCGGCGGAGCUCUAACUUGCAGCUCCGCCGGAUUCCUCUCGCGAGAUCCGGCGCGUUGCCAUGGCAACGACCGGAUCUCGCGAGAGUGAACUCUAGCCUCACAGGCUAGAGUUCACUCACCCACGAGGAACACCGCCACCCAGUCCCAGCGUGCCGGUCCCCCAAAAAACAGACAUUAUGUCCCCCCCCUCCCUUCUUACCUUUAGCCUGGGAGGGGGGGGACAUAAUGUCUGUUUUUUGUUUAUUUACCCCCCCCUACACACACACAAUAACAUUUAUACAGCACUCUCACACCCAUCACACACAGCACUCUAACACCCAUCACACACAGCACUCUCUUACACAGCACUCUCACACCCAUCACUCUCUCACACAGCACUCUCACACCCAUCACACACAGCACUCUCUCACACACAGCACCUCUCACACACAGCACUCUCAUAGCACUCCUCACACACAGCACUCUCACACACAGCACUCUCACACCCAUCACUCUCACACACAGCACUCUCACACCCAUCACACACAGCACUCUCUCACACACAGCACUCUCUCACACACAGCACUCUCUCACAGCACUCUCUCAUAGCACUCUCACACACAGCACUCUCACACACAGCACUCUCACACCCAUCACUCUCUCACACAGCACUCUCACACCCAUCACACACAGCACUUUCUCACACACAGCACUCUCUCACACACAGCACUCUCUCACAGCACUCUCUCAUAGCACUCUCACACACAGCACUCUCACACCCAUCACACACAGCACUUUCACACACACAGCACUCUCACACCCAUCACACACAGCACUCUCGCACAGCACUCUCACACCCAUCACUCACACUCGGCACUCUCACACACAUCACACACACACGGCACUCUCACAUACACACAGAACCCCCCCAACACACUGCACCACAUACAUACACAAUGCUUCCAAAUAUAUAUAUAUAUAUACACACACACACACACACACACACACACUACACUCUUAAAGGACCACUCUAGGCACCCAGACCACUUCAGCUUAAUGAAGUGGUCUGGGUGCCAGGUCCUUCUAGGGUUAACACAUUGUUUUAUAAACAUAGCAGUUUCAGAGAAACUGCUAUGUUUAUGAAAGGGUUAAGCCUUCCCCUAUUUCCUCUAGCGGCUGUCUCAUUGACAGCCGCUAGAGGCGCUUGCGUGCUUCUCACUGUGAUUUUCAAUGAAUGCUUUCCUAUGUGACCGGCUGAAUGCACGCGCAGCUCUUGCCACGCGUGCGCAUUCAGCCGACGGGGCGGAUCGGAGGAGGAGAGCUCCCCGCCCGGUGCUGGAAAAAGGUAAGUUUUAACCCCUUUCCAGAGCCGGACGGGAGGGGGUCCCUGAGGGUGGGGGCACCCUCAGGGCAUCAUAGUGCCAGGAAAACGAGUAUGUUUUCCUGGCACUAUAGUGGUCCUUUAACAUACACACUCUGGAUCCCCUAUACACACACUAGAUUCCUUGUAAGCAAACACAUACUACACCCUUAAACACACACACACUAUAGCCUGUAUGCACACACUUGCUAUAUCCCCAAUACACACAUUCUCUACAGCCCAUAGCCACAUAUGCAUCACAUUACACCACAAACACAACACGACUAAAACCGACCUUAUUACACAAUACCACACCACGACCAGCUCACUACACACACGCAAUACCACAAGCAGGCUCCAAACACAUGCACAAUACUCUUUCCUGGCCCUUUUGUCUCCUGGUAUCCAUUUAUAGAGACACCAGAGACAAGUUGCAAGGAAACACAGUGCAAGCAUGUUAUUAAAUUUGCUUGCACUGUGCAGAACAAAUACAGGACUUUUUUCUCAUGCUAGAGCUCUUCAGCAGAGCUCUGCGCAUGGUCUGCCCUGGAAGAGCAUUGAACCAACAUGCUCACUUUGAGAGGAGGCGUGUUUGUCAUUGGUGAUGACAAAACACACCUCCUCUGCCCCGCCCCCUUUUUAGUGGGCCGCUGUGUUAAAAAAAUGCCCGGGCCGAAUUUUUCUCCCAGUCCGGCCCUGCGUACAUCCAUAUACACAUACUGCUUAAUACCUACAUCCAUACACACAUACUGCCCAAUACCUACAUCUAUAUACACAUACUGCCUAAUACAUGCAUCCAUACACACAUACUGCCUAAUACCAACAUCCAUACACACAUACUGCUUAAUGCGUACAUCCAUACACACAUACUGCCUAAUACCUACAUCCAUAGACUCAUACUGCCUAAUACAGCAUCCAUACACACAUACUGCCUAAUACCAACAUCCAUACACACAUACUGCUUAAUGCGUACAUCCAUACACACAUACUGCUUAAUGCGUACAUCCAUACACACAUACUGCCUAAUACCUACAUCCAUAGACUCAUACUGCCUAAUACAGCAUCCAUACACACAUACUGCCUAAUACCAACAUCCAUACACACAUACUGCUUAAUGCGUAUAUUCAUACACACAUACUGCCUAAUACCAACAUCCAUACACACAUAAUGCUUAAUGCGUACAUCCAUACACACAUACUGCCUAAUAACUACAUCCAUAGACUCAUACUGCCUAAUACAGCAUCCAUACACACAUACUGCAUAAUGCCUACAUCCAUACACACAUACUGCCUAAUACAUUCAUCCAUACACACAUACUGCCCAAUACAUACAUUGUACAUUGAAUACAUAAUUUAUCGUUGUGAUAAAUGUAUUCAAUGCAUUUGAUGAAUUCAAUUUAUUAUAAGACUAGUCUAGACGGGCACACAAACCGACAGACGAGCACACUCACUGACAGACACACUCACUAGCAGACACUUACAUUCACUGACAGACACACUCACUGACACACACUCACUGGCACACACACACAGUCACUGGCAGACACACAGUUGCUGACAGAUACACACACACACACAUUGUCAGACACAUACUUAGUCACUGACAGACACAAACACUCACAGACACACACUCACUGACAGACAUGCACCCACUCACUUACUGACAGACAUACACUAACUCACUCACUGACACACAUACUCACUGACAGACAGACACACACGAACAGCCUCCCUCUCUGCCCACACUGCCACUGCCUGCCUCCUCUCCUUCGGCAGAGCAGGCACCUGCCAUCAAGGUAAGCAGGUGCCUACUCUGCCAUACUGAAGAAUAACAGCAUCAGGGGUGCCCUGACAUGGCCACGUCCUGGGCCCCCUGUGACAGGGCUCCUCUGGGCGCAGCCACCUUCGGGCGCCUGGAGGAUCAGCCUGGCACUGGGGGUGGGAGGGAGGGGCAGCUCAAGAGAAAUAUCCCGGUGGGCGCCCCCUGCAGGCCGGCCUUGGAUUUAGUCGACUACAACUAGACUAAAACUAAAGCAAUUCAGAUGACCAAAAUAUAGUUAAAACUAAAAUGGCUUUUUAGUCAAAAGAUUAGGACUAAAACUAAAUUGAAAUUUGCUGCCAAAAUUAACACAGGUGUUGCUUUGUGAGAUCUCUAGAUGUUGCAUAACAAGCCUCAUGAUCCCUAAACUGCCCAAGCAUCGGAGUUGAUUUACCGCAAACGCAUAGCAACAGUGAAAAUGCUUUACUGCAUGUGAGAUUAAUAUGUAGUCUGAAAAUAGUGUAAAGUGUGUAGAAUAGAGACGUUGAGAUUUGACAGCAAGAACAGCGGGUGAAAACAUCACCCUCUUCCUUACACACUCAAUUUUCCACCCAUUAAAUUAAUAUUGGCACGCUAGAAAGCAUUUUACCUGUUUAUUUUGUAGAAAUAUAACUCCCUUGGUGCUUGUACAACUUAGGAGCUAUAGAAGCUGUGUAGCUUUGCAACAUGAGUAGGCCUGGGGUAGAAUUCUUAAUAAUUACAAAGAAUUACUUUUGUGAAAUAGUCUUUAUUUGUUGAUGUUGAAGAGGUUGGCACAUUUUGAAGUUCAACUCUUUUAAAACGUUACAUUCAUUUAACAAAACACGUAUUCAAUGGUUUUUCCUGGUAACACAUGUUGUUACAUCUGCUCAAAGGAGACAUAGGAAUUAAUCAAUUUCCACAGCGUCAGUUGCCCACAGUGAGGUUCUCCAGAGUGAUAGGUGCACUAUAUUUUAGUUUUAGAAUGGAUACACUAGAAGAAUAGACAAUUGCUAUAGAACAAACAUAGUGGAGCAAAAUUAAUAAACUAUUUAAUUAAGGGAAAUGGUAAUACUUUAUUAAAAAUGGGAAUAAUAUAAAUAAUAUGGGAAUAAUUGUAAAGAUAUGUAUAAAAGCAAUGGAAUAUGUCUAAUAUCUACUACAUCUAUUAAAUCUAUAUUAAAAACUCAAUACUUUAAAUACUGCAUUUAACUGCAGACAUGUUUUAAUAUUAGGGGAUACUCAUAUGCAUAUGUACAGACCAUAGUUUAUGCUUUAUCUUGAAUUUACGUGCGUUGUAUUUUGGCCUUGUAAUGCAAAGUUUCAGUAUUCACGAAACCUGUUAAUAUUUUAUUUUAGAUUCCUUGCCACAGGAGUGCAGUGCAGGCUCAGUGACACAAUAUUUUAUCUGGAUUUUUGCUGGACUGACAACACUAACUUUUCUCUGUUUGGUUGGAAUUCUAUACCUAUUCAUUCAAAGAAAGGUAUGUAUGCUGUUUAUUAGGUAAGUAGAUCCUUGUACUGCAAAAUAUAGACAUAAAAUAAUAUUAUAUAUAUAUUUAUAUAUUGCAUUACACUGAUCAAGUUAGAAAAAGUAAUCAACAGAGGAAAAAAAGAGGCGGAGCAGUAAACAAAUCUAUAUUUAUUUAAUUAGAUAUCAAUAAAUAUAUAAUAUAUAAAUAAAGAUUUUAUUAUAUUACCAUUCCUCUUUUCCCCCCACUAUUACUCAUAUAUUGGUCACUAAGUGACUGUUCCCUGGUCAUCAAUCAUAUCAUUGUGUCAUUGUGUGUUUCAGUUGGUUUGUGGUUUGCAUACAUUUUGGCUUGGGGUUUGGGAAUUUGACGGAUCAUCCAAUCGGCCUAAUUUCUAAUGAAUUACAGUUCAGACGGAAAUAAAUCUCCAAGUCUAGAAACUUAUCUGGGGUGAAUUGUAGAGAAGAGUUCAACUGAAACAUCCUUUCUUACAAUCUAACUUAAAGAACUGGCCCGGCGCAACUAUAAGGUGGCACAGUUGGCCGGCCACUUUGGGAGCAUCGGCCUGUGGUGGGCACAGUUCUUGUUUGACCUGUUUGUGUAGCCAAAGAUUCUUGCACUGGACCUGUUCAUGAGUGUAUUUAAAGCAACACUGUUACCAAUGGUGCUAGUUUGGCUGGGAUCAUUAAAGGGACACUAUAGUCACCAAAACUACUUAAUGAACCAGUCUAGCAAUCUAUUAACAGAGCAGGAGAUAAUAGAUUCUAAAUUAAACAGAAUUUGCAAUAAAGGAAGUAUAAACAUUAGAUGACUCUUUACAGGAAGUGUUUAGGAAUGCUGUGUAAGUAACAAGCAGGGAUGUGUGUCUAGGGUCUAACUAGGUAGUACUAUUUAUUUGCAUAAACAAGUGAUUUAACUCCUAAAUGGUAGAGAAUUGUGCAGUUAGACUGCAGGAGCAUGAUCUAUACACCAAAACGACUUCAUUAAGCUAAAGUUGUUUUGGUGACUAUAGUGUCCCUUUAAAGCAAUCAGCUGACACACUUAGCCAAUGAGCUAAGUUUAGAUCAGGAGAGCCAACAGAAGUUCCUUCUUUGGAACUUUAGUCUCCUGUGAUGGUAGUGGGGGAGGCAUCAAGUGCACCCUAGUUAAGAAGUCAAACCAUUCUAAAACAGUUUGGCUUCCUACAAGCGGGGAGUGCCAGGGCACUUCUUGCACCAUAACCACAACAGUGAAUUGUAGUGGUAAGGGUGUGUUUAGUGUUCCUUUAAAUGAGACUUGGGAGAGAGGGGAAGAAUCAAUUGGGGACAAGCAGAUCUGGCAAAUUGAGUGAUAAAUGGGGAUAAAGCCUAUGUGUGUGGGAAAUGAGUAGAAACCACUCACUGAGCCUCUCCUAUUUUUAUUUUUUAUUUUUUUUGUGAUGUUCCAGGGGGCAUCACAGUUUGUUUGUUUGUUCAUUUAUUUAGCUUGGAGGGAACAUCAGCCAUGUCAAUGUAAGAGAGCUGAUUGGAUCUUUCCUAUGACAUACUAAGAUGGCCUCUUAUUUUUUUCCUCUUUGUACUUAUUACACACUUUAUCACUGUUUGCAGAUAUAAUUGACAUGCAUAUGCCUGCUAUUUGCAUAGUGUUGUGCUUUCUUUCCACUGAUACUAGGGAAAUAGAUCUGCUGGGUGUCAUCGGUUACACUCAGAAUCUAGUAUGUGAUGAGUAAUAGUGAUAAUCAUAGAUAUUUAAACUGACUUCCGAGCAUAACUGAUUUAAUGAGCGGUGUAACUACUUACCAAAUAAAAAAAAAACAUAUAGACCGUACUCGGCUAAUACUUACAAUUAUUUGUGGCAACUUCUUAAAGAAUCAUGAAUGUAUGACAGAAAAAAAGGCUCAUAUAAAUAUGGAGUACAGAAUACAUAUUAGAAAAUAGUCGACACACUAAGCAAGGGAGGGGAACAGUACAAUAAAAAAAUGAAGGACAGCUGAACACAUUUCACGUCUACAUUGAUGCUUUCUCGGCAACUCACUGGUUGUCCAAAUCCUUUUGAUCCAGCGUUGUGGUACCAUUGUUCUUUGUUUUUUUUUACAAUUUUAUGACAUGACCAUUAACAUUAUUUAGUGAAUUAAAAAAUAUGUGUUUUAAUACAGUAGAAAGUGCUGGUCAGUAUCAGCAUGGAAUGUCCCCAGAGUUCUCAGUAAUACAUCUGCAUCUCCAAAUAUGUCAGGGAAAUAUUCUCUGUAAAUGUGCGAAAUGCAUUUGCUUAAAUCCAUGUGGGUAAUCAUUCAUCCAACAUUUUAAGUGCAUUAUUGUAAAUUUUCAUUCAUACAACUGUCAAGAAAAAUGAAAUGUUCCUUGGAGUAUGGCAUUUAUAAAAAUUAUCAAAGCAUCUAUCAAGAGAAUAAUUUUCACUGUUCUUCUGUUUUCACAGCAUUGCAGCAAAUGUGUAAAAACACAUGCACAACCGAACAUUGAACAAAAUAAUGAAUAUAUGCCGAUGGCAUCUGUUAACGCUGCCAGAGGCCGUGUGUGAUGAGGUAUGGCUGUGUUAUUAUAGCAAAGUAAUUGUGUUGGUAGACAUUUUUAACAAGCACUAUUUAUCUUUGUAUCUCUGUCUGUCUGUCUGUCUAUGUGUCUGUCUGUCUGUCUGCCUGUCUAUCAUCUAAUAAUAUCUGUCAUAAGAGCCAUCAAAUUGUGCUUGACAAUGUUUCUUUUACAAUCUGAAGCAGUUAUCAAUAUAUGCACCUGUUAUUUUAGUAAUAUAUUGGAUUUAGACAGAUUUUAUUCACAUGUCUAAAUGAAAUAUAUAUAUAUAUUGUGACAAAUGGCCUAUUUGCCCUAUUUUCCUUUCUCUAUUCGAGAACUCACAGUGCCAUUUUGCUACCAUUGCUAGCAAUGGGAUGGGUGCAGGCGAAUGACUAUAGUGUAUGUAGCUCAUAAUGCGACUACCCUGACUUGCAGGAGCAGGGAAGGUGUAUGAUGAUCUCAAGACAGUGUUACAUUGUAGAUGCGUAUUCUACCUUAUUGUAACAUGUAGGAUUACAUAGGAAAUGGAACAGCUAUGCUUAUUGUAAAGUGCUAUAAGUUGGCACUAUAUAAAUAUCAACAAUAAUAAUAAUAAUGAUAAUGAUAGUGCAUAUGUAAUGUGUUCAGUUACUCUUGGUCUCAGUUGGCCUGAGACCAGGCCAACUUAGAAAAUGUACCUAGCAAGCCAGUUAGAUGCUUAGCCAGCACAGUGGGAGGCGGGACUCCCACUGGAAUUUGCUAUAGUGUGAUCGCUCAUUAGAGAAUCGAUAGCCGUUUUUAGUUAGAUAGAAUAACCUGUAAUACCUGGAGCAACUCUGCAGUGUAUCCUGUUUUGCCUGGGAUUAGCGACACAAGUACUAGCGCCCAGGGUAGAAGUUUGCCAGGCAAGCUGGUGGAAGUUCCCACAGGUCCGAACUGUUACGUCUUCUGUAACAGAGAUACCAGGACCGUAUCGCUGCCAACUGAACCGCUAGCGGGAAAACUAUAGGCUAAUGCAAUGAAUCACACGGAUGAUACGAGGCCUGAACUGGUUCACCUUCAGGGCCAGAGACUCCAGGGUCAUAUUGUCUAUGAUAUCUAUGAUAGAUUGAUUUAUGUAUAUUAAAACAGAUUGCCUGCAUUUGUUAAAAUAUUCUAAUGUAUAAAAACAUAUUUUCUAUGUUUAUAAAACUUUUGCUCAGCAGCAGGUUAUACUGAGAAGAAAACUUAUGAUACGGAGAGGACAACAAGUGAUAUGACUUUGGGACAAACCUUAUAGUUUUAUAGACUGUGGCCAACAGCUUUAUCUCCUAUAAAGACAUCAUUGACCACGAACUAUCCUGAAGACUGGAGGCUCGCUCAUCCUUUAUAUUUGUUAGAUUGUGCAAUAAAUAUAUAUGUAAGCACAAAGCAAUCUUAAGAAGGGCUUGAAAUACUGAGAAAAAAGUGAACUUUCCAUUUCACUUUGCACAUUUAUUAUCUCAUUUCCUGCCUGAGACGUAGAUGGUGUCUUUUCAUGAAAAGAUUGAAAGAAACCAAACAACACUCUACCUCGUUGUGAUCUGGGAGGACUUUUCUAACUUUAGUUUGAAAAAAUGACUUUAAUUUUCCCCUUUGUGUACUCAUUUUAAUGUAUUCUUAAAAGCAUCUUUUAGUUUUGUAUAUCAGCAAUUACUGAAUUUUAAACAGGAACUGCACUGAAACAGGAGAUUAAAAAG